AACUAAAUGUCAUUAGUCACUUGCUUACAUGUUUAGUCACUGUCAUGUCUUUACUGCUGUUUUUCACACUUUUAUUUUCUCUACUUUGUUUGAUAUUUAGUAAGUACUGCCACUAUCUAACUCAACUGAAGCUGGUAGGUAGAAAAAUCACCAUAUUAAGAUUAUGUAGGUCACUUUAAAUGCAGAAAAUUAAAUAUUGUAUAUCAUGUGUUCAAUUUGUCAGAGCAGAUGUGUCCUCAGUGUGUUAAGACAUUCUCUCCCUGCAGUCCUCCUGUUGUUUCAGAUACAUUCAAAGCUGCUCCUUAUCUGCAAAGUAGAAGCUACAGACUCCAAACUGUCAGUGAAGCUUUUGCAAGUGUUACUGGACAAUUUGAAUACACAGCGCAGAUAGGGAAGUCCUGUAGUUGCAUGCAGGAGAUGAGGCACUCAUGAUGCAUGACUGGACUACAUCUUACAAUGGGGGUCGCUUGUCUUUCUUUGUGUUCUGUUGAAGGAUUCAGUUGGAGAAGGGACGAGAAGUUGACUGCAGCCAUGGCAGACCAGGAGGAGAUCAAGAAAACAAAGAAGCAAAAAAGUGCGACAAUCUUUGGCUACCCAAUCAGCAUCUUUUUCAUCGUGGUCAAUGAGUUCUGCGAGCGGUUCUCCUACUAUGGCAUGCGAGCCGUGCUCGUGCUGUACUUCAAGUACUUCCUCAAGUGGGACGAUGACUUCGCCACCACCAUCUACCACACCUUUGUGGCUCUCUGUUACCUGACGCCUAUCCUGGGAGCCAUUAUUGCCGAUUCAUGGCUCGGCAAGUUUAAGACUAUUGUUUACCUCUCCAUCGUUUACACGCUGGGACAGAUAGUCAUGGCCAUCGGUGCGAUCCAUGACAUCACAGAUCACAACAGGGACGGCACCCCUGACUCCAUGGGCUUCCACGUAGCUCUGUCCAUGGUGGGUUUGAUCCUCAUUGCCCUGGGAACAGGAGGCAUCAAGCCCUGCGUGGCGGCCUUUGGUGGAGACCAGUUUCUUGACCAUCAGGAGAAGCAGAGAAGCACCUUCUUCUCCAUCUUCUACCUGUCCAUCAAUGCUGGCAGCCUGCUGUCCACCGUGAUCACCCCCAUCCUGAGAGCUCAGGAGUGUGGCAUUCACACACAGCAGAAGUGCUACCCUCUGGCCUUUGGUGUCCCUGCUGCUCUUAUGGUGGUAGCUCUGAUUGUGUUCAUAAUUGGAAGCAGAAUGUACAUAAAGGUUCCCCCUCAAGGAAACAUCAUGGUGAAGGUCUGCACAUGCAUAGGGUUUGCCAUCAAGAACCGCUUCCGUCACAGGUCUACUGCGUACCCCAAGAGAGAGCACUGGAUGGACUGGGCUGAGGAGAAAUAUGACAAACUCCUGAUCGCUCAGGUGAAGAUGGUGCUCAAGGUGCUGUUCCUCUACAUCCCUCUGCCCAUGUUCUGGGCUCUCUUUGACCAGCAGGGCUCAAGAUGGACCCUCCAGGCGACCACCAUGAACGGUGACUUUGGACUCCUCACCAUCCAGCCAGAUCAGAUGCAGACUGUGAACCCGAUCUUGAUCCUGGUUUUGGUGCCAAUCAUGGACAGUAUCAUCUACCCGCUGAUUGCCAAGUGCAACUUAAACUUCACGCCCUUGAAGAGGAUUACUGUCGGGAUGUUCCUUGCCGCUCUUGCGUUCGUCGCUGCUGCCCUGGUCCAGUUACAGAUCGACGUCACCCUGCCAAAGUUCCCAUCGAGCACUGAAUUCCAGGUGAAGUACACCAACCUGCUGGACCAACCAGUAGAUGUUACAGAUGGAGUCAACAAGUUCAACCUGCAGCCUUACGCGUCCAAGGAUUACCUGACAUACGACAAACAGUUUUCACUGGAUAUCGGGACUAAUGGAACUCAUUUAACUGCUUUUGACAGCAAAACCCGAAAUACUGUGAUCAUCUUUCAGGGUGGAAAAGUGCCAGAGCCUAAAUGGGUCAGGGACCUCUCAGCAAAGCCAGAGCAGGGCGCCAAUGGAGUCAGAUUUCUGAAUGGUUACGGCUCAGCUUUGAACAUAACUUCUGGGAGUCUCGGAUUUGGGAACAUUGCCACCAACGGCAUCUCGGACUAUGUUUUACUACCGCAGGGAGACGCAAAGAUCCUCAUCAGGGAUGACACUGGAAAGGAAUGUGACUACAGUCUGACGCUGGGCUUUGGCAGCUCUUACACCGUGAUCAUGCCGUCUUCUUUCACGUUUGGAGCCAAUUGCAAAGACAGCAUCAAAGCAGAUGUUGACAUCAGCCCGAACUCCAUCCACAUGGCCUGGCAGAUUCCUCAGUAUUUCCUCAUGACUUCAGGAGAGGUGGUGUUCUCCGUCACCGGCCUUGAGUUUGCCUACUCCCAGGCACCCAGCAACAUGAAGUCUGUGCUGCAGGCUGGUUGGCUCUUAACUGUCGCUGUAGGAAACAUCAUCGUGCUCAUUGUUGCUGAGGCUGCAACGCUCCCAGAUCAGUGGGCCGAGUACAUCCUCUUCGCCUCCCUGCUCGUGCUGGUGUGCUUCAUCUUUUCCUUCAUGGCCUAUUUUUACACCUACAUUGACCCGACCAAGAUUGAAGCCCAGUUCUCCCAGAUGGAGCCAGAGGACAAGGAGAGGAAGAAGAGUUUGGACUCACCCAAGAGGGAGAGGAAGGAUUCUGACGCUGGGAAAGCCAGUGAAACCAAGAUGUAAAACCAACACAUCUCUAACGGCCAACCCUCUUUGGCCUAUCAGUGCUGCUUGGUUCUGUGUCUAAAUCUGCCAUGAGUCUUCUUGGUCAUUUUCUGGAGGAAGUCCGGUGCACUGCUGGACUGAAGUGUUUAGAAUGAAUGGAUGACCUGAAGGAAAUGGUGCUGAAGUUGGAAGAGCACAGAAAAGGGACUUAAGCUCCUGAUGGACAGUGUUAGUGAAAGAUCUCUGCAGGGAGAACACUCCAUAAUAUGCAUAAUUAAAAUCCCAGGGUCCUUAUUUGUGAGUAAUUUGUGCUUUUGCUGUUGUAAAUUUGUUUUUACAAUGAAUUAUUUUGCACUGUGUAGCAAUGUUUGAGAUUUUUGUUGCAUACGCUAAUGCACUGGAGUACAGAAAGACAGAAGAAGACCAGCCCAGCAUUAUUAUUUAUUUCUAAUCAGUGUUGUACUUACUGUAACAUAUUGUCACCGUUUUAUAUAGAUGAAAUUGUAAAAUCUAACAUUUAAGACUGCUUAUGACAAAAUGUCCAAUUAUACUGCACAUUCAAACUCAGAUUUCAGACCCUGAAAAUGGCAACUUACCAAGUCUUUAAUAAAGGUACUUUCAAGGUGUUGUCAUUCAACCUGUGUAAUGCUAAUGUUCCAUUUGAGUAUGAUGGGAUUAUGUUAAAUGUAUUUCUUGUUUUCUACACUAAAUGUUCAUCUGAUGGUCUUUACAAUCCAAGUUUGAGAUUUCCUAAAGUUAAGCGUAAUCUAAUAAAACUUCUGUAGUUGAUAUUUGUUCAUAAACUUUUACACAAUU